AUGGCUCGUACAAAACAAACCGCAAGAAAGUCCACUGGUGGUAAAGCACCAAGAAAACAAUUAGCCUCAAAGGCUGCAAGAAAAUCUGCCCCAGCUACUGGUGGUGUCAAAAAACCCCACAGAUAUAAGCCAGGUACCGUCGCUUUAAGAGAAAUUAGACGAUUCCAAAAAUCUACCGAACUAUUAAUCAGAAAAUUACCAUUUCAAAGAUUAGUCAGAGAAAUUGCCCAAGAUUUCAAGACCGAUUUAAGAUUCCAAAGUUCUGCCAUUGGUGCUUUACAAGAAGCUGUUGAAGCCUACUUGGUUUCUUUGUUUGAAGACACUAAUUUAUGUGCUAUUCACGCUAAGAGAGUUACAAUUCAAAAGAAAGAUAUCCAAUUGGCAAGAAGAUUAAGAGGUGAUCGUGCUUAA